ACAACUCGUCAAACUCUGUUCUGAUACAUCCAAGGUUUAUUAUCCAAAAAAGGAUUCCAUUUAAGGGUUGUGUUCUCUAUAUUACCCUAUUUAUAUCUACAAAACCACGAAAUCUAUAUAAUUCACAAAGGCUAGAGAGUGUGUAAGAGAGCAAAAUUUCCAAACCAAACAAGCCUUUAGUCUUUCCUUUGCAACAAUGGCGUCUAAUGGAAUCACAGAAGAAACUGCCUCGAGAAUGGAAGAAGGUGCCACCACUUCCACCGCAAAAAAAACCCUAAAGGAGGACUUUGGUUUGUGCACAUCAGCUGCAUUUGUGACCACCACCCAAAAGUUGAUUGCAGAGGUGAUCGGAACAUACUUUAUAAUCUUCGCCGGCUGCGGCUCGGUCGCCGUUAAUAAGUUGUAUGAUGGUGUGGUCACAUUUCCAGGGAUUUGUGUGACAUGGGGUCUCAUUGUCAUGGUCAUGAUUUACUCUGUGGGUCAUAUAUCUGGGGCCCAUUUCAAUCCGGCGGUCACCAUCACUUUCGCUGUCUUUCGGAGAUUUCCAUGGGUGGAAGUGCCCCUAUACAUAGCAGCCCAGGUAAUGGGAUCAAUUCUUGGCAGUGGCACCUUAUGUCUAAUGUUUGAUAUAACUCCUCAAGCAUACUUUGGAACUCUACCAGCUGGAUCUGAUAUGCAAUCUUUCACAAUUGAAAUCCUCACCUCUUUCCUCCUUAUGUUUGUCAUCUCUGGUGUUGCCACAGAUAAUAGAGCGAUAGGAGAGCUGGCUGGUAUUGCCGUUGGAAUGACUAUUGUAAUAGAUGUCUUUGUUGCUGGGCCCAUUUCUGGAGCAUCUAUGAAUCCAGCAAGGAGUAUUGGGCCAGCUAUUGUUAGACAUACUUACAAGGGACUGUGGAUCUAUAUACUUGGCCCACUUGUAGGAGUCAUGCUUGGAGGAUUCGCUUAUAACUUGAUUAGAUUUACAGACAAACCACUUCGGGAGAUAACAAAGAGUGGCUCAUUCCUCAGAAGCAUCUCCAAAAAUUGAUUUAUUCUAUUUCUAUUUCUCAUUUGGUUUCUCUUAUAUGAGAGUCAUUGCAAUUUUUUUUUUUUCAUUGUAUUUUAUUAGUUCUCAUUUGAUUCCUCUUAUGAGAGAGAGAAUGUAUUUUUCUCAAUGAUGUUGGUAUAUAUUUGAAAGUUUUAUUUUGUUGUGAUAUUUGUUCAUGUGUAUUAAUAAAUAUGCAAUUUCUUGUCUAAUGACUGAUAUGUGUGAUUUGUGGUUUG